AUGCAACUUUUACUCCUUUGUUUUGCUCUCUUUGGAGCAUCCUAUGCCCAAUUCAGCGCUGCAGCUCAGGCGGACAUUCUGAAAGCACAUAAUAGUCUCAGAUCUGCAUUCGCCAAGGGAACAUUUUCGGCUCAAGGAGUCCCACAACUUUCCGCAGCGAAUAUGGUGAAAAUGAAGUGGAGUUCUAGAAUGGCUGCGUCAUCUCAAGCGUACGCUAAUAGUUGUCCUGAUGGAAAUUCUGGAACCGAUGAUAUUGGAGAGAAUCUGUUCCAAACAUGGGAACAAGUCAAGCCAACAGAUCUUAACCAAUAUGGUAAAAAGGCGGCACUGGCAUGGCAAGACGAAUUCAAUCAGUUCGGUAUCUCCUCCAAUCUUCUUGACCAGGAUGCUCUGGACUCUGGAAUCGGGGACGCCACUCAAAUGAUUUGGGCUACAACUGGAUUCGUGGGAUGUGGUGUCAAAAAUUGUGGACCAGACCAGGACCGAUUUGAUCAGGCUUUCAAGAUUGUGGUAGUGUGUCAGUAUAUGGAAAAAGGAAAUGUGGUUGACGAAAAUAUUUACGAGGUUGGAGACACUUGUUCGGCUUGCGGAGAUUUCACAGCAUGCGAGGAAAGCUCAGGACUUUGCGUUUGA